AUGACAAAGCACAAGCAUUUCACCAAACUAGUCGACGAAAGUGAAUCUUCCCUUUCCAAUCCCUCGAUCCCUCUCCAGUCACUUACCUCUUCCAGCCAGGUUCACAUAUCUACCCCGCAGUCUAGUGAUACCCCUCAUGUAGUCAACGUUCGAGGAGGUCCUGUUCCAGGUGUGGACCUUGAGACAGAGUGGCCAUUGACUGAGUUGCCGGAAGAGCUGCGAGAACCAGAUGAUGACAACGAUAGAGCGGCAAACAACACUGAAGCGAAUUCAAUGAGGACUAAUUGGAAAAGAGAGUUAUUCUUGUUACUGGAAGAUCCGUCGAGUAGUCGCGCUGCGUUUAGUGUGAAUGUGUUUGUGAGCUUUUCGAUCGUGUUGAGUGCGGUCUUGACAACAAUUGAGACUAUUCCUUCGUUCCGAGCAACAGAGAGCUACGUAUGGUUUAAUUUCGAAACGACAAUUGUCUUGAUAUUCACAAUUGAAUAUUUUUUACGCGUCGUUGCACACUCGGAUUCUGCCAAACAAUUACUUAGAUUCGUCACUGUCUUUAGGGCAUUCAAGUAUUCGUCGACAAUUAUUAUGACAAUUGAAGUGAUGAUUGUAGCUGUCAAGAGGAGUAUGGAUGCAUUGAGUGCACUGUUCUUCUUCAUGGUGACGAGUAUUGUCUUAUUCUCGACCUUAUUGUAUUUUGCCGAACGUGGGACAUGGGACGCGGAUAAACAUGCCUUUGUUGAUAGUAAUGGAAAUCCUAGCGCAUUUGAUAGUAUUCCAUCUGCCUUCUGGUUCGUCAUGGUUACUAUAACUACUACUGGAUAUGGUGAUAUGGUUCCGACUACCUUUAUUGGUAAAUUGAUUGCAUUCCCGGCAAUGAUGUGUGGUAUUCUGUUAAUUGCGUUGCCUUCGAUUAUUGUUGGGAGAAAUUUCACGUUGGUAUGGGAAGAAAUGCGACAAUAUAGAAGAAACGCUCCAAACGUUAGAGAACAAGCAAAUAAUGUUACCUUUAUUGAGGACACCGGAACUGGAUAUACCAUGCGUGCAAAUGCACGAGCAAGUUUUGAAAGUAAUCAUUCAUAUGCUUCCCAGCCUGCUCGUCCCGGCUACGAGACUGCAAACGAUGAUAUACUAGCCAGUCAGGAUGCUCUUUUAGAACAAAUGCGAACAUUAAUCACACUGGCUCAACAGAACCAGACAGAAUUGAAUCGUAUUCAAACAGUUCUUGAGCAAAAUGGAAUCCGAUUGAGAACGACUAGCGAAGGGAGUGUCUCCACGGAGAAGGGAUUUGCAUCUGGUUCUUGA